CGGGAAACGACCGCGUGAUUAGAAAUUCCGUCAGAAUGGCGGUUCGCGCACAGCAAAGGCCGUCCUAUCGUCGCAGUAACCCAUAUCAGUCAUAUCAUCAGGCUCAUCAAAUUAAGGAUCCGUUACAACCAUCCUAACUACAUGUCCCUCAUAUUUUGUUUUUGUUGUUUUUUAUUUAUCUUGUGCGACUCUAUAUUGGUCUAGUCUAAAUGAAUCCGUAAACUCAUAACGUGUAAAAUCAAAAUUGUGAAUGCCUCACAGGCUGAUGUCAAGUUCGUAUUCUUACCACAUGAGCUACUUCCCACGCAAAUAAUAAAAGAGAAUUAGAAAUAGUGGGACUGUAAUGAACGGAUUAAGUGUUGGAACACAAAGAUGGCAAGUCUUGGAAUUUGGAUCAAACUCACAGACCGGUCCCUUUAUUCCACAAUUCCCCUUGGAUAUUGUUAUGUUAGAACCGAAUCUGAUCAUUCCUGCUGAUGACCAAAAACUAUUACAAUGUUUAUUAGAUCAUCAUGGGAAAUUAACACCAUCUCCUGAUUCUCAACACGCUCUGUCGAAUUUAAACAAUAGAAUUUGUGAAAUUUUGGAUAAUAUUAUUGUAAAUCCGUCUAUAUUCGAAUCUGGGCAAUUGGAUCAUGUUCGUUCAGUUGGAUCUUUCAAAUUGAACACGUGGUUGAAUGGUUCAUGUAUAUCUGACUUGGCCUGUGUUUUUCGAACACUCCCAACUCUUGAAGCUGUACAAAAUUUAGCAAGUUUUGUUCGUCGCCAGUUGACAAGCAAUAAUUCACCAUCUGAACAUGUUAAUUGUAAAGUUGAAUUAGAAAGCUAUGGAUUUUCUGUUGCCUCAGGAGACUGUAUUGUACAAGUAUUAAUCACUACUACUCCAAUGAAUUUAAAUCGAACAAGUCCUGAUAUACAUAUUAGUUUAGCUGCACAAAAGAUUGCUUUGGCUUCAAUUCGUCAUUUAAGAUGGGCAGAAGAAAAUGCAACACAUACUACCGUGAAGGUUUUAAUCCGUAUCUUGAAAGAUUUUCGGCGACGUUUUCGGGGUUUUAGUUAUAUGAAUUCCUGGUUGAUAGACUUGUUAGCUCAUUAUGUUGUAAUGAAUAAUCCAUCACGUCAACCCUUGCCACUUAAUCAUGCGUUCAGACGUGUAUUCCACCUAUUGGCCAGCGGUUUCCUUCUUCCUAGUAGUACAGGUUUAAUUGAUCCUUGUGAACAAGGGAAUUUACGUCUUCACUCGUUAAUGUCUCUUGUUGAACAGGAUGAAAUAUGUUGUACAGCUCAAGUACUAUUACGAAUUCUUAAUUACGGAGAUUACCCAUCACUAUUCACGCAUACUGAUUUGGAUGAUAUAUCAAGAGAACAAUUAUUAAAGACCGCCACAAAAUCGAUUGAUAAUCUGAGUAUUUUAGAGUGGCCCGAACCAGUUGCAUUGCAUUCACAACAGAUAACAGGAAAUGGUAAAAUAAAAUUUGAUUAGACAGAAAAAAAGCCAAAUACAUUUGUUUUUUAAAUGAA